UGUAGUUUGUUAUGCUAUCACUUAGUUUUAUGUGAGCAAUCAUAAGAGAAACACUUGUUAAGUCUGAAACUUAUCUCAACUUGUCAGAUUUGAUCAUUAUAUUCCAGAAAUGAUGACAAAUUUUACAGAUGUACGAACGGUAAAAUGGCUAUUUGUAUCUUCACCAAUGUUAAUAAUUUUUAUAUCGCUAGUUUAUCUAUUCGUCGUCUAUUUUGCUGGUCCACGAUUUAUGAAAAAUAGACAACCGUACUCGUGUAAAGCAUUUAUGCAGGGUUACAAUCUUUUCCAAAUUAUUGGAAAUUUUUUGCUAGUGUUUAAUUUCGUGACAAAAGGUAAACCAUUCGCUGUCGUGUGGAUGUACUGCGUGCCAUUUGAUGAACUUUGCGGUAGUAACACUGAAGAGCUACUUCAAAUUAUAUGGUGGGGAUUAUUGAUGAAGUUAAUUGAUCUCAUUGAAACUAUAGUAUUUGUUUUAAGGAAAAAAGACCAUCAAGUCUCAUUUUUACACACAUACCAUCAUGUAGUCACUGUAUACUACGUUUGGCUGUCACUGAGAUACUCCUAUAGUUUUAUAAUGCUGAUGCUGACAUUAAAUUGUUCUGUACACGUCAUAAUGUAUUCCUAUUUUUAUUUGAGUACUUUCCAAAAUAUACAACCAAGACUUUUACCGUAUAAGAAGUGGCUUACUUUUAUGCAAAUGGUACAUAUCGCAUUUUUGAUGGCAGUUUGUUUGCAAGGUAUUUAUCCUACUUGCGAUAAUGAAAUUAUGAAGUUUCUCUCUAUUAUAUCAAUUGUUCAUGGCACUGCGAACUUGUUAUUAUUUGCCAAUUUUUAUUAUAAUUCUUAUAAGAAGUCGAAAGUAGUCUGAUUAUGAAGUAAAGAUUAUUAAUGUUGUUAAGUGAGUGUUGUUAACUGAAUAAAAUCGUUCUCCUUAUAUUUGCUGUAAUAAAAUAUUAAAUGUGUAGGUGGGUA